UAAAUGUGGUGGGAGGGCGCAGAAAUGAAACGCGUGAGCGCAUCGGCGAGUUGGGACGCGUCUUUGGAGAGAUAAGGUGGAAGAGAGGACUCAACGCAACUUCACGGUUAAAAAAAACAACCCUCUCCGAAAAGGAAAUCCACAGAGUUCCAUCAGCCCGCUGUCGAGUUAUUAUCGAGUCUCAGAGGGUUGACUGCCUCCCGGUCUCUGUGGUCGUCGGACAGCCCGCCGUCCAUCCAAUGUGCGUAAAAGGGCUCUAUUUCCUCACCGUCCUGUCUGGACUCGCAGCUUCAGGCGUGCUGCAGGUCAGCGGGAUGCGUAUAUACACAUCUGGGGACAUGGAGGCCGUCAACGGGACAGAUGUUCGUCUGAAGUGCACGUUCCAGAGCUCCUCGGCCAUCAACCCCAACAACAUCGUCAUCUCCUGGAGCUUCAGACCCCUCAAACCAGGCCGAGAGGAGACGGUGUUCCACUACCAGCAGCGGCCGUAUCCUCCACUGGAGGGCAUUUUCAGGAAGCGCAUCAGUUGGGCCGGCGACAUCAUGGGCCGCGACGCCUCCAUCAUAAUUCAGGAGGUCAAGUUCACCUACAACGGCACGUACAUCUGCCAGGUCAAGAACCCCCCCGACGUCCACGGCUCGGUGGGAGAGAUUCGGCUCCGUGUGGUCACCACAGCCUCUUUCUCCGAAAUCCUCCUCCUGGUGCUGGCCAUCGGGGGCGGCAUCGCCACCAUGGUCUUCCUCCUCGUCAUUAUCGUGUCCUGCAGGCGCUGCAAGAAGAGGAGACAGAGGCAGCAAGAAGGGAGCGAGGAGGCCCCCCGUAAGAAAAAAGAGAGGAAAGACCCCACAGUGUGCCACCCAGCGAGGGCCAUCCACCUGUACUUGUCAGAGACGUCCUUAGAGAUUGACAGCUCGGCCGGCAUGAUCUCAGACGCCAGCACCAAGAGCGAGAGCUCCUCGGAGGAGGAGGGCCCGAGCUCGGACGAGGAAGCGGCCGACGACUCCGACUGAGGAUGUACGGGUGACAGCAGACAGGGAGACGGAUGGACUGGUGUGAAGCCAUCCCCCCCCCCCCCCCCCCGCUGGGAGGGACGACCCAGGUGGUACCCGUGUGGACUACGGAGACCGGGGUGAAGAGGGGCGCCGCUGCGUCUCCUCCGUGUCCAAAAAAACAAGCACUUCGUUAAAUGAAUGGGAGGAGAAACGGGGGGGGGGGGGGAAGUUGAAAGAGCGAUAUCAAAGAAGAGUGGAGAAGAUGAAGAUCAGGCCAUCGAAAGAAGAGUCAUUUUUUACUUUUGAGAGAAUCCAGGUGAAGGAAGAAAUGCUGGAUUUGACCCGCGAGGCUUCGGGGGAAAAGACCUGGAAAUGAUCCUGAAGCUGGUGUUGCUAAAAAAGGAGGGAAAAAAGAGGGCCAGUUCACGCAUCUGUCGUCUGAAGUCGGCCACAAAAUCAUCCUGAAGCUGCGUUCUGCCACGCUGAGCCACACGAAGACCACACAAUACGAAGGUGCUCUAACACUUGGAAAAAAUCUUUCUUUGGGGUUUUUUUUAGACAACAAUAUGUGAAACUGGAGGAUUCUCGCUCGCGUACUUCGCCAAUUCAAAGUCCCUCUAGAUCAUAGAGGUCUUGCCCUUAUGCACGACCAUACCUGCCAAUUCUCGGAGCCCUGGAUAGAUGCAGUUUGAUCCCCCCCCCCCCCCCCCCCCUGCCCUCCCCGGCUGUAGACUUAGGGGGCUUAUGUCACAUCGGAUUACUCGGAUAAAAGAGCACGACUGUGAUGUCGCCGCCAUUAAGUCCGAAGGCCAAAUACUCGAUCAGCGAGCGCGCGUACGCACCUGGCGGCUCACGGUGAGAUCUGAAAACCCUUUGAUUGCGUAAUGUCCUUGAGAGCCUUUUGUCUGUGAAGGCAUCGCGUCGACUAACACACGAUUAUCACACUUCUCUCUCCCAAUUUUUUUAAUUUUUUAUGACAGAAUUCUGUACUUGUGAUGUAAUGCCGAGAAAUGUGUGGCUAGAUUUGAUUUUUUUUCUAUUUUUCUUCUCAUAGGAUAAUACCAGAAGUAUUUUAUCACAUUGUUUAAAAUGUCACUGUAUGUGUUUGUUGUAGAGCUUUAUAUAUAUAUAUAUAUAUACAUAUAUAUUUAUAUACAGUAUAUAUAUAUAUAUAUAAAAGAUUUUCUAAUAAAAAUGCCUUUAAAUGUU